UAAAAACAGACUUGGUAGUAUACCCCAUAGGAAGAGUCACAUUUAAACUUGAAUAUUGUUCAACAUUAGACUAAAUCCAGUAGCCACCCCUUAUUCCAAGGCCCCCAGCGGAUGCCUGAAACCACAGAGAGCACCGCAACUUAUAUACAGUAUAUUACGUUUUUUCCUACACAUACAUACCUACGAUAAAGUAGAUUUUGUAAAUUAGGGACAAUAAGAGACAACUAUGAUGUUCAAUUAACAGCAGUAGAACAUUUAUAACAAUACACCGUCAUAAAAGUUAAGUGAAUGUGGUCCCUCUCUCAAAAACACGACUGCUUGAAGGCAAGCGCUACCAUUCCGCGACAACAAAUCGGAUAACCGAGGUGGGUACUCAGCAGCGUGGAUACGAUAGAUGAAGGGGUGAUUUGCGUCCGGUGUUCUGACGAGUUCAACUACCGUAGUGCUAAUCGAUAGCCCCAAACCUUACCCUAACCCCGCAAAAUCCCUACAACCCUAACCGCAAAACGGUGGAACUGCACAUGCGCAGAAAGGCUCGAAAGCACGUCGCGAUAGGUAGCGUUGCUCGAUAAAACCCCCGGCUGGGACGGUUUGGGAUUUCAUCAGGUUACUCACCCUGGCGCACAGUUUAAAACUGAUUAAUUAUUUUUUCCCCAUUUAAUAUUUUCGGACACAAAGUAACUGAAACCACGGGAAACGAAACCACCGAUAAGGAGGGACCACUGUGUAAUACUUUUUAAGGACUUAAUUGGCUAAAGUGGAAUUUAAGUUAUUUUGAGAAUUUGUAAUGGCCCACUAUUGAUCCUGUACAUUAGCGACUUGAGAAAUUUGCUUGUUUUUAUUUAAGUUUUGCUUGUUUUUAUUUAAGUUUUGCUUGUUUUUAUUUAAGUUUUGCUUGUUUUUAUUCAGAGUGUCGGUUUUUUUCAAAGUGUCGAUUUUGACGUCGCCGAGAUUCUAAAACACGCAAUAAUUACGUAACAAGCGUUCUUAUAUAUAUACGUAGCUAAAAGAAUACUUGGCAUUUGAGAUGAGAAUGAGCAUAGGCGAACAUCGCGUUUUACGAGCUGGUGAAUACGACACACUACGGCAAGCAAUGGCAUUUCCUUCGUUGUUCCCUAUCCUCCUCAUCUUCUCCCUGGUGGGCAGCGGCUUUGCGGAGGAAGAGGCUUCUCCUCAAGGCUGUGGCUCUUUCCUGUGUAACCUGGAUGCAGCGUGGGGUGUAGCGGUGGCAGUGGGGGCAGGCAUAGCUGCCCUGGCCUCACUGAUCCUGGCCCUGGUGCUGUUGUGCCGCCUGCGACACAUAACGGAGCCUGAGGCACGCAGUGGGGUGGCACCACUGCUCCUGCUUCUCGCCACGGUCUUCAUGCUCUGUGCUGUCAGCUUCGCGUACGUCAUAGAGCGGAAUGACAGUGUCUGCAUUGCCCGGCACUCCCUCUGGGGGGCACUGCUUGUCCUCACAAUAGCAUACCAAGCGACCCAGGGUGUGCGAUUGCUCCGGUGCCCCUGCUUCAGGGCCUUGGCCGGGGUGGCGAUAGGCUCGGCUGUAGUGCUGGGUCUUGCUAUUCUUGAAUGGAUCCUGGCGAUUGCACUACACCCAGGCCGGCCCGUCUGCCAGUACGGGCCACUGCGUAUCAGCUUAGUCUUCCUAUACAUGCUGCUCUUGGUGUUAAUUAUACCAAUUACCUUGAGCUGUGGCCUGACUCGGGGGCAGCCAGAGUGGAGAUAUAGGAUUGUGAGUCUGUUCGUCAUGUGCUAUAUCUCUGCUGUGGUGUGGACCACAGAUUUGGCAUACCACGUGCACAAGGAAUCGCUUCCUGUCCAGUCCCCCAACAGGGAAGAUGAGAUACUGGCAAAGGUGCUGGUGUCGCAGGCCUGGCUGCUGCUGCUGCUCCACAUCGCCCCUGAAGCCCAGGCCUGCCUGCGCCCAGCCCCACAGCCCUCGGGUCCACAUGAUGUUCCCGAGCAGGCCCAGCCCCGCCCGAGGGGGGCCAGUUUGGAAGAGGGCAUUCCCCUGUCCCCCCAGCCCACAGUAGAGAGCCAGGGCUCUGCAUCGUACAGCAGCUCAGGAGCCCAUGCCCUCCACCUCCACUGGAAUGUCUCAUAUCUGGCAUACAGAGACAUCAAGAUUCUGAGGAGGACGGCUCUGCUCUGUUGGCCAUGGACCAGCUGCUGCUCCCCACUGGACAUUUGCAAGAAUAUAAUCCUUGUCUUGAUUAAAAUAAAUAAUGUUUAUGACCAUCUGUGUAAUUGGUGUGUUUUGUGGCUAAAGGGUUAAAUAAGCAUUUAAUUGUAUUCACCAUAUGAUAUAUGAGAGGAUUUAUGAAGGAGAUUCUUUAGUAUUAAUUUGCAUUUUAUAUCCACAAUUUAAUAUUAUUUGCUAAAGCUUUCAUGUUUUAUUUUGAUAAAACAGUCCCUUUAUUUGGGCGCUCACCUGCUAUGCUCUGUAUUCCGUCCACAACACUGCUGAGUAAUCGGGAUGCAAAAUUUAAACAAUGUUUUUAGAUUGAUUUUGACUUGAUUUUUAGUCUAGUUUAAUCGGCUAAACAUAACAGUUAUGUUCAGGGGUCAGUACUAUGGGAAAUUCUGACCCACAU